AUGACCACCGUCUCACCGGGGCUAGACCAUUGCAAAAUGGGUCAUGAGAACCACAAGGGCUUUGGCUUUGUCAACCGUGACAACAAUGAAAGCAUCAACUCAGAUGAAGCUGAUGGCGAACUCGAUCAGCCAAAGAAGAGCUCAAACAGGAGUCUUCUUCAGUCGCUUCACUCUCUUCAAGGAUUUUGGACGGUGAACUUGGAGUCCUAA